GUAGGUCGCGCUUCCAAAGCGAAUAGUAAUGCUCAAACACAAAGUAAUCCCCAAGCUCAAGCUCCCGUCUCCUCCUCAGACACCCCUUCCUCCCGCACCUCCCUCGAACCACUUCCCCUCUCCAGCCGAAGCAAACCCUCAAAACCACAUCCUAUCUCUCCUCAAGCGAUGCGCCUCCCUCCGCUGCUUCAAGCAGAUACACUCCCACAUGCUCACCCUCGGCGUCCACAAGCCCAACCACCUGCUCUCCAAGCUCCUCCUCCUCAACGACCUCCCCUACUCCCUCCUCCUCUUCUCCCGGAAUCCCCGCCCCAACGACUACUCCUUCAACGUCAUGAUCCGCGCCCUCACCACCAUCUACGCCGACUACCCGCUCGCCCUCGAGUUCUACCUCCGGAUGGUCCGAUCUGGCGAGCGGCCCAACCACUACACCUUCCCCUUCGUCCUCGUCGCCUCCGCCAACCUCGAGUCCUUGUGCUGCGGCCUGACCGCCCAUGCGCCGAUCUUUAAGCUCGGGCUCGACGGCAAUGACCACGUGCAGCAUUCCUUGAUCACCAUGUAUUCGAGGUGCGGCGAGGUGGCCCUGGCGCGCCAGGUGUUCGAUGAAAUUGGCGUGAGGGACCCGGUCUCCUGGAACUCGAUGUUGUCUGGGUACGCGAAGAUGGGCCACGCGGGGGAGGCGGUGGAGUUGUUUCGGAGGAUGAGGUCGGAGGGAUCCAUCGUGCCGGAUGAGGUCACUCUGGUGUGUGUUCUGGCGGCCUGUGGGGACCUGGGGGACUCCAGCUUGGGGACGUGGUUGGAGGGCUUGGUGGAGGAGCAUGGGUUGGUGCUGGACUCGUUUCUUGGGUCUGCGUUGAUUGAUAUGUAUGGUAAAUGUGGAGAUCUGGGCUCAGCAAGGAGAAUAUUUGAUGGAUUGGCAAACAAGGACUUGGUUGCGUGGAAUGCAAUGAUCACAGGGUAUGCGCAGAAUGGUUUGUCAGAUAAGGCCAUUGAAUUAUUCCACACCAUGAGGGAGGCAAGAGUUGAGCCAGACAAAAUCACAAUUGUAGGGGUUCUAUCAGCAUGUGCAGCUGUUGGAGCUCUUGAGCUGGGCAGAUCUCUUGAUGCAUAUGCCUCAGGUAAUGGGCUGUACCAUAACGUAUUUGUUGGAACAGCCUUGGUCGACAUGUACGCAAAAUGUGGAAAUCUAGGCCGAGCUAUGGAAGUCUUUGAUAUCAUGCCUCAUAAGAAUAUAGUCUCAUGGAAUGCUAUGAUCUCUGCACUUGCUUUCAAUGGACAAGGAGAAGAAGCUAUUUCAUUAUUUACUCGGAUGAUAAAUGUGAAUCAAGGGUUUCGGCCAAAUGAUAUCACAUUUAUAGGGGUCCUUUCUGCAUGUGUGCAUUCUGGUUUAGUUAAUGAAGGUCGGCGCUGGUUUGAUGUCAUGCAGUCGGCAUAUGGAAUCAUUCCAAAGAUUGAGCAUUACUCUUGCAUGGUUGACCUUCUAGCACGAGGUGGGCUUUUAGAAGAAGCAUGGGAGUUCACAGAGAAGAUGCCACAGAAACCUGAUGCGGUUGUCUUAGGAGCUCUGCUUAGUGCUUGUCGAUAUCAAAAGAAUAUGGAAGUUGGAGAGAGGGUUGUGAAGAGGAUCCUUGAGUUGGAACCUUCAAACUCAGGGAACUAUGUUAUUUCUUCUAAAAUAUUUGCAAACUCAAAGAGGUGGGAGGAUUCAGCGAGGAUAAGAGGGCUAAUGAGGGAGAGGGGUGUCACAAAGACUCCUGGUUGCAGUUGGAUUGAGGUUGGUAAGCAAGUCCAUGAAUUCCAUGCUGGCGAUGGAUUGCGUCUGAGAGCUGCAGAGAUUUAUGAAAUGAUUAACCUAUUAGUUGAUGAGAUGAAGAUGGAAGGCUAUACCCCACUGAUGACUGAAUAGUAAGGCUGAUCUGGAGGAAUAUGACCUUUAUAAUAGCAAAUCAGGUUUUUUAUGUUCAACCCUGGAAACCUGUUGCAAAUAUUAAAAGCAUCAAUAUCAACUACUGGAAGCUAUGAAGAGACCAAUAGGAGGAGAAAAGACAACACAACCAGUCCUAUAUCAGAUUUGUGUCGGUGAGAUGAACUCAUAAGCAUGUGCUUUGCCUUGUAGCAGUUGUGUGUUUGCCUGCAAGGCUUCCAGUGCAAUCACUUUUAGGCACAAUUGGUUGAAUAAGUUAUGAUGGCAGCUGUGAUUGGCACAAAUAAGUCUCCCUUGGUCUCUGCAACUGGCCCCGAGAGAGAGAGAGAGAGAGAGCAUUCCAGUAACAGUAGUAGCCAGUGGUUGUUAUGAGCUAGCAGAAUGCCGAUGAGGAAUCAUGAAUGUUGAUGAUGGAAGAAACAAAAAAGCCAGAAACUGCUAGCUCCUAAAAUCUUCUUGCACUUAUAAGUGGUCAACCAUCAAGAUGUUCAGGACAGACCAAAGAUCAUAUAAUCAAUGGUCGAAGAGUCAAUAUGUGUGGUUAGAUUCUUUGGUGUUAAAUGUUGAGAUUUGCAAUAUCAUCCCUUCCAUCUACUUUGGACAUCCAUUCACGUACUCAAGAUAUCGGUUAAACUUUUGUAUCACAGAGGGUCGAAGAGUUGAGAUUCACAAUUACAUUCCUUUAUCUUGAUUAUUGAUAUUUGCAAUAAUAUCCUUUCCGCCAUUACCACCUGC